AGAGGGGCGGGUCUUGAAACUCAUUCCGUUUUCAUCUGGAGGAUUCAAACAGAAUGCUCUAUUUAAAAUCUUAAUCACAUGGAUUUACUCAACAGGACUGUUUGUCCUGAACGAAGACAAGCGAUUCAGCCGAUAUCUCACAAAGAGUUGGAGGUGUGGUGUAACGUCUCAGCAUUUAAAGGAAACCGAUUCCUCUCAGGACGCUCAGAUUCAAUCUUCACCCGGCAAAACGGUCACAAUGAAGGCUCUGUUCGGCUUCCUCGGGUUGGUGUUGACGGCUGCAUUGAGCCGCUCCGACCAGGCAGCAGAUUUGCCUUCAGACUGCUCAAAGUUGAGGCCUCCGUCGUUGAGACCCAGUAUUUACCUCAUCCAGCCAACAGGAAGCCAAACUCGCUUCGAGGUGUUCUGUCAUAACCGUAGGGGGGUCGGCUGGCUCGUGAUCCAGAGACGAACUGGAGCAGCGACUUACUUUGGCAGAACAUGGGAAGAGUACAAAAACGGGUUUGGAUACAUGACUUACGACCAUUGGCUUGGACUAGAGAAGGUGCACAUACUGACCAAUGACACAAGCAAAGUCUGGACUUUGAGGGUGGACCUGUGGGAUCAUAAUCGCAAAACGGCGUAUGCCGAGUACCGAGACUUCAGAAUCGGAGACGAGGGAACGGCAUAUCGACUGCAUGUUGGGGCGUACAACGGGACUGCAGGUGACGCCAUCCGCUUUUCCAAACCGGGCGGCGACCAAAACGGCGCCAAGUUCAGUACCCUCGACCGCCCCAACGACAAGUGCUCCACCCCGUGCUAUCACGAAGGCAGGAUAGUGCGCUUUUGUAUCUCCACAUGCUGUACCAACAUCGGCGGCUGGUGGCACAACCGCGUCUGCUGCGACUGCCUCACCACUAACCUGAAUGGCUUUUGGCACCGUGAAGAAGACGCCAAGGUCUCGAUUACAGGCCUCCACUGGCUCACCUGGAGGCCGAUGCCUUAUUCGGCGAGGUACAGCAUGAUGUCGAUCAGGGCUGACUGAUGAUCUCUGCUUUACGUCCAUGUUCUGAAUUCAAUCGUCUAUUGGUUUUAAAGGUUAUGAAAAGAACAUGUAACGUGUGGAAUGCAAAAUAAAUUAAUAAAUAGA